AUGCGUCUCUGUGGUGCUUUUUCCGUGGCAAUCGUCAGCCUUUUGCUUCAUACCCAAGACAGCUUCGCAACGCUCAAGCAUGACUUUCAACUCCCGCUCCUUCUGGAUGCGACACUCGACGAAUUACGAACUGGUCUUGAUGCGGGCCGCUUCACCAGCAUGGAGCUGACAAAGGCAUAUAUUGCUCGCAUCAGAGAAGUCAAUGAGGAUCUGCAUGCCGUUACCGAAAUCAACCCAGAUGCCCUAGAUAUUGCUGCAGAGCUGGACCGGGUACGGGCACUCGCCACUGGUCCACUUCAUCCAUUACACGGGAUACCAAUCUUGGUUAAGAACAACAUUGGAACCGCUGACAAGAUGAACAACACUGCGGGAUCGACGGCCCUCCUUGGAGCAAAACUCAAGCAAGACAGUACUGUUGUGAGCAAGUUACGCGAAGCCGGUGUCGUCAUCCUGGGAAAGUCCAAUCUCUCCCAAUGGGCGGGCUCUCGCAGCCUACAGGCGAGCAACGGCUGGUCCGCGCACGGUGGUCAGACAAUCGGCGCCUACUUCCCGGAACAGGACCCUGAUGGCUCGUCGUCUGGCAGCGCGGUGGCCUCAUCAAUCGGACUAGCUUGGGCAUCGCUAGGUACCGAGACAUGGGGAUCGAUUUGCGAUCCUGCCCACGCAAACAACAUCGUGGGCAUCAAGCCGACGGUCGGACUCACCUCCAGGUUUCUCGUGAUUCCAAUCUCGGAGCACCAAGACACCGUGGGACCCAUGGCCCGCACCGUCAAGGACGCGGCAUACCUGCUUCAAACCAUCGCCGGACCUGAUGGCAAAGACAAUUAUACAGAAGCGGCACCGAAGACGCGACCGGACUACGUCGCUGCCUGCGACAAGGACGCACUCAAGGGCAAGCGACUCGGCGUGCCGAAGGAUUAUAAGGCUAUGUUUCCAUAUAUCUCGGCCGAUGUGUCGUUUGAAGUCUUUGAGUCUACAUUUCAGCUGCUACGCGACGCCGGAGCGGAGGUAUUGGAGCACAUCGAAAUGCCUGGGGUGGAACUCAUGAAGAGGGCAGGCAGGACGGGAAUUAUCAGCGGUGGUGAUUUUAUGACGGAUCUACCCAAGUACUUGGAUAAUCUGGAGACAAACCCAAAUGAUAUCCACGAUCUGUCCGAUGUGCGCGCAUUUACGGAUCAGUCAUCAACUGAGAGCGAAUUCGACUUUAUGCUGUUUAACAUGAUUUUGAAGCGCAACAUCAACAAUACGAUGCCAAUCUGGUGGGAAUACUACAAUGAACGAUUCUAUCAAAGCAAUGAGUUGGGCCUGAUUGGCGCCAUUCGCAACCACACCCUAGACGCUGUCAUACUGCCUUCUCCUAUUGCGACAAAAGUCGCCAUACAGGGCGCACCGGUGGUAUCCGUUCCCAUGGGCCACACCGGUCGGAACACGCUGUAUCAUCGCAACGAGGUUGACACCCUCAACAACAUGGGGCCGAACCACCCAUUUGGAUUUGGGUUUGCGGGUGACUACUUUUCAGAGGACAAGCUGAUUGGCAUGGCGUAUGCGCUGGAGCAGCUCACACAGGUGCGCAAGACGGUGAAGCCGCACAUCCAGCCGAAGACCGAGUUGAAGGACGUGGCAGCAUUCAAGAGCGAAGAGCUGUAG